AUGAUUUUUCGAAAAUUUUCAAUAUGGAUAUUAUUAUUAUUAAUUAUCUUCAUUCUCCAUGGAAAAUCUAAACAACAGCAGCGUCAUCAAUCGGUAUUCCAUAAUCGAGAAAAACGUCAUUAUUCAGAAAAAUGCUUUGAUAAUUAUUCUGCUGUUGCACCGUAUCAAAUUCCCGAAGGUCAAUCUCCAUUUAUCUAUAUACCGAAUGUAACAAUGCUUUCACCUUAUUCAACUUGUUAUUGGGUACCAUAUGUAAGUCCUCAAGAUCCAAAACAAGAUUGCCCCGCUGAAUCCCAAAAUGUUCUACAAACAUUUAUUCCACUAACGUUAGAUCUUAGUUUUCUUUUCAACGCAAUUAAAGCAGAACGAAUAAUUAAAGCAAAUGUUGAAGACUCUGAUUCAUCCAUUAUAAAAACACAAUCACUUUUAUCUUUACAUUGUUCGCUCAUUUACUUAGACUGUUACAAUGAUACCGAGAUUAAAAUCAUUGAAGAUGUUAUGGAAAAUUAUCAAUGGUCAAGUUUUCAAUUGAAUUUCACUGAUAUGGGAUGUAAUGUUGACAAUCAUCAAGCCUAUCUAAACACGAGAGCAAGUCAAUCAUCAUCGUUAAUACUUGGGAAUAUUGUACAUGAUUUAGAAACGGCUAUAACUGCACGAGGGGUUCGAAUAAAACAGUCAAAAGGAGGAAAUUUUCAUAUGACAUUGGCUACUGUCAAAUAUCAAUAUCCAUCAGAUUGUAUAGUCAAUCAGUUAAAACAAAAAUUCAUUUCAUCGUCAAAUUAUUUUGGAUCGAAGAAAGUAUGCUGUUUUUGGACUAAAAAAUCAGAUGGAUCGAUAAUUAAACGUCAUUUUGCUCAAGAUUGUUCAAUAUUUGAAAAAUUAAUAUGUUAA